GCCAGCCCCCUCCUGCCGCAGCACGGCGCGGGGUCGGCCUCGGCACCCCGCGGACCCUCCCCGCGGCGCCCCCCGAAGGAGGGGGGGAAGGCUGAGAGGGAGUGACCCCCGCGGCCCCUCGGCCCGGGCUGGGACAGCUGAGGGGGGGGCGCAACAUGGCGGAGGCCAAGGAGGAGGGGCCCGGCCCCCGCGGCAGGUUUGAAGAUAAAUCUGAUGCGGUAUUUGAUAUUACAGAACAAUAUGAGGAGAUCGUGGACGCAGAAAUGGCUGAGGACGGUGACCGCAACUUAGGACCCGGCCUGGACAGCCUCGCGUACGGGAUCCAGACUCGGACGGGAUCUGAAAGCUCGCUGCUGGAUGAAGAGGAUGAUUAUUUCCUGAACUCUGAGGACCUUGCAGGCAUACCUGUUGUUGGGAGCGACAACGAAGAUGAUCACAGUUUCCCUCCGAAAGUCAGUCUUUCCACGGCCAUCCACGUCGAAGACCACCUGGAGGAGGGCAAGAGGGUCGCAGAGCAUGACUUGGACAGUGAAAAAGAAAUUCAGCUUCAGAAUGCCAUCCAGAAGGAUCUGGCUUCGCCUUUUGAGCAGGGCCCUGUGUUUAAAUCGCUCCGAAAAGAUUUUAGCAUAACCAGAGAUAAUGGCAAAGAGACUUUCUCAGCAAAGGACAAGAGUAGAGAAGGACAUUUCCAAGAGCAUGACAAACGGUUGGAAAAAAUCCCUAAAGAUAUGGAUUCUAGAUUGAAAAGCAGUUUUCUUGACAAAGCAGUUCAUAAUCAAGUAGAAGAAACAUUACGGACGCAGUUAGCGCCACAAACUCCAGAAACUAACUUCAGGGAGUCUAGCUACCUAUUUUCUAGUAAGGAAUCUAUUGGACAAGAGCUGGGGAAUUCCUUUGCACCAAAUAUUAGAAUUAAGGAGGAGCCUUUGGAUGACGAAUAUGAUAAAGCUAUGGCCCCACAGCAGGGACUAUUAGACAAAAUUAAAGAUGAACCUGAUAAUUCUGAGGAGUACGGCCAACAGCCAAAAACUCAGGAAGGGGAGCUGAAAAUCAGUGCUGUGUUUUCAGUCACUGGCAAUCCUCUUGCUUCACAUCUGUCAGGAGGUUUCCAGCCUGCUGUGGCAUCCUCUGGCACGAGUAAAAUGCUUCCUUCAGUUCCAAACAUAGCUGUUCGGGUUUCCUGUUCUGGCUGUAGAAAGAUCCUGCAGAAGGGGCAAACAGCCUACCAGAGGAAAGGCUCUACCCAGCUCUUCUGCUCCACACUGUGCCUCACUGGAUACACUGUUCCAGUCUCUCGCCCACCAGCUUCUACCAAGAAAACCUGCUCAAGCUGCUCAAAAGACAUUCUCAACCCAAAGGACGUAAUCACUGCCCAGUUUGACAACACAAGCUCCAGUAAGGAUUUCUGCAGCCAGUCUUGUCUUUCUACAUAUGAACUGAAAAGGAAACCUGUUGUUACAAUUCACACCAACAGCAUUUCAACCAAAUGCAGCGUGUGCCAGAAGAACGCAGUGAUCAGGCAUGAGGUGAACUACCAGAACGUGGUGCACAAGCUCUGCAGCGAUGCCUGCUUCUCCAAGUUCCGCUCGGCUAACAACCUCACCAUGAACUGCUGUGAGAACUGUGGAGGCUACUGCUACAGUGGCUCUGGCCAGUGCCACAUGCUUCAGAUAGAGGGACAGUCAAAAAAGUUCUGCAGCUCUUCAUGUGUGACAGCAUACAAGCAGGUUAAUAAAAAUACUAAGUUUCAAAUGAAUGAAACUUGCAUGUUUCCACAGAAGUCAGCUAAAAUUACACCUUGUGCACUGUGUAAAUCUUUGAGAUCUACAGCUGAGAUGAUAGAGAGCACAAAUAACUUGGGAAAAACUGAACUCUUUUGCUCUGUUAACUGCUUGUCAGCAUAUAAAGUAAAAAUGGUUACUUCUUCAGGUGUUCAAGUUCAGUGCAACAGCUGUAAAACUUCCUCAAACCCUCAGUACCACUUGGCCAUGUCGGAUGGGAGCAUACGCAAUUUUUGCAGCUACAAUUGCGUAGUCGCUUUUCAGAAUCUGUUCAACAAGCCUGCAGGGAUGAACUCCUCGGUGGUGCCUCUGUCGCAAGGUCAAGUCAUUGUGAGCGUUCCCUCGGGCUCAACGGUAUCGACCAGUGUCACCACCUCCACUGUGUCCCCCAGCUCCAUGAGCAGCAGUUCAGCUGCAGCUGGUUUACAGAGGCUGGCUGCCCAGUCCCAGCAAGUCACUUUUGCCCGUCCUGUUGUCAAACUCAAGUGUCAGCACUGCAACAGAUUGUUUGCGACCAAACCGGAGCUGCUUGACUACAAGGGUAAGAUGUUACAGUUCUGUGGGAAGACCUGCUGUGAUGAAUAUAAGAAGAGGAGCAGCGUGAUGGCAAUGUGCGAAUACUGCAAAAUUGAGAAGAUCAUCAAGGAGACAGUGAGAUUCUCAGGAGUAGAUAAAACUUUCUGUAGUGAAGGUUGUAAACUGCUCUAUAAACAUGACUUGGCUAAGCGCUGGGGAAACCACUGCAAAAUGUGCAGUUACUGUUUACAGGCUUCCCCCAGACUGGUCCAGCAUCACUUUGGGGGGAAGAUGGAGGAGUUUUGCUCAGAGGACUGCAUGUCUAAAUUCACAGUUUUGUAUUACCAGAUGGCAAAGUGUGAUGGUUGUAAGAGGCAAGGUAAACUCAGUGAAUCCAUGAAAUGGCAAGGGGAGAUCAAGCAUUUUUGCAAUCUGCUUUGUAUUCUGUUGUAUUGUAAUCAGCAAAGUGCUCCUGACCCUCCACCCACAAACAACACAGCAAACCUUUCUACAGCACCAGCUUCCUCCUCAGGCCCUCCUUCUUUGAGAAAGGACUCAACCCCUGUCAUAGCAAAUGUGGUGUCCCUUGCAAGCACCCCUGCUGCCCAGCCCACGGUUAACUCCAACAAUGUUUUACAAGGUGCAGUCCCUACUGUGACAGCAAAAAUAAUAGGAGAUGCUAGCACACAGACAGAUGCCCUAAAGCUGCCAUCAUCCCAACCACCCAGGCUUCUGAAAAACAAAGCAUUACUGUGCAAGCCAAUCACACAGACCAAGGCCACCUCAUGCAAACCUCACACACAAAACAAAGAAUGCCAGACAGAAGAAGAAGAAGAAGUUCCACCCAAAGUCAUUGUGGUUCCUGUUCCUGUCCCAGUGUUUGUGCCAGUGCCCCUUCACCUCUACACUCAGUACACACCAGUUCCACUUGGGAUGCCAGUACCUGUACCAGUUCCCAUGCUCUGCCCAACUACCCUGGAAAAUGCUGAUAAGGCCAUGGAAACUAUUCAGGAUAUCAAGGAAAAGAUUCCCACAAGUCCAUUUGAAGCUGAUCUCCUUCAGAUGGCAGAAAUGAUUGCAGAAGAUGAGGAGAAAGAAAAAACACACUCUCAUGGUGGAUCUCAAACAUCUGAGCACGAACUCUUCCUGGACCCCAAGAUAUUUGAGAAAGACCAAGGCAGCACUUACAGUGGUGAUCUGGAGUCAGAAGCAGUGUCCACUCCUCAUAGCUGGGAAGAGGAGUUAAACCACUACACCCUGCGAUCAAACGCGCUGCCAGAACCAGAUCCAGAGCUGAAGCAGUUCUCCAAAGGGGAUGUGGAGCAGGACCUGGAGGCAGAUUUUCCAUCAGACUCAUUUGACCCUCUCAGCAAAGGACUGGGUUUGCAUUCACGCUCACGAGCGAGACGGAGACAUAGAGAUGGCUUCCCACAGCCAAAGAGAAGGGGCAGGAAGAAGUCUGUCGUUGCUGUAGAGCCCCGGAAUCUGAUGCAGGGCUCCUACCCAGGCUGCUCUGUUUCUGGGAUGACCCUGAAGUAUAUGUAUGGGGUAAAUGCCUGGAAAAACUGGGUCCAAUGGAAAAAUGCACAGGAGGAACAAGGGGACCUGAAGUUUUCAGUUCGUCCUGUGAAGCUCAAGGAGGACAUCCUCUCAUGCACUUUUGCUGAGCUGAGCUUUGGCUUGUGCCAGUUUAUUCAAGAGGUGCGGAGACCAAACGGAGAAAAAUAUGAUCCUGACAGCAUCUUAUACUUGUGCCUUGGAAUUCAGCAGUACCUGUUUGAGAAUGGUAGAAUAGAUAACAUUUUUACCGAGCCCUAUUCCAGGUUUAUGAUUGAACUUACAAAACUUUUGAAAAUCUGGGAACCUACAAUUCUUCCAAAUGGUUAUAUGUUCUCAAGAAUUGAAGAGGAACACUUGUGGGAAUGUAAACAGCUGGGUGCAUAUUCCCCUAUUGUUUUAUUGAACACUCUUCUGUUCUUCAACACCAAAUAUUUCCAACUCAAGAAUGUCAGUGAGCACCUGAAGCUGUCCUUUGCCCACGUCAUGAGGCGCACCCGCACGCUGAAGUACAACACCAAGAUGACUUACUUACGGUUCUUCCCACCCUUCCAGAAGCAGGAGGUAGAGUCAGAGAAAUUAUCUGUAGGCAAAAGGAAACGCAGUGAAGAGGAGGAGAUUGCAACAGCAGUGGAAAUGGCUGAAAACACAGACAACCCCCUGCGCUGCCCCGUCCGGCUCUACGAGUUUUACCUCUCAAAAUGCUCUGAGAGUGUGAAGCAGAGAAGUGAUGUGUUCUACCUUCAGCCCGAGCGCGCCUGUGUCCCCAACAGCCCCAUGUGGUAUUCCACACUGCCAAUAGACCCAGGAACCUUGGACAUCAUGUUAACAAGGAUUCUAAUGGUGAGGGAGGUACAUGAAGAACUUGCCAAAGUCAAAUCAGAGGACUCUGAUAUUGAGUUGUCAGACUAACUGAAGUGUGGGGUAUUUUUUUCCUUUGAAUACACAUCAGAAGCACCAAACUGUGAAUACAUCCAGCCUUUGGAAAAUGUGUAUCAAAACAGCAGCAACAAAAAAGCCAAGAUAAUGUCACUUACAGGCGUAUUUUGAACCACAGUGGAUGUACAAACCUGAACUGGAAGGAAACAAGCUGUGUAAGCUGCAAAAAAAACAACCCAACAACCCACCACCACCCAAGCAAACCAACCCAACGUCCUGUGGCACCGAUAAAUCCUCUGAACAAAGUGAAGAUGAACUUAACCUCUUUGAGUGGUGCAUCAAAUCCUUUCUCUGUUGAGGACCCUUUUUUUUUUUAAAAAAAAAAAAAGAAAAGUUGUGAGAUGUUUUUAAGGAGAAUGGUUGUGUGUAAAACCUACCAUAACACUGUUGGGCACGGAGAGCUAGACUGUGGCUCAGGUGGCUUCUCAGCCCGGUGUGGCUGGCAGACCUCGCUGCCAAAGAGCAACGUGGAGAUUCUAGAGCUCUUCACGAGGACAGGAGAGGAAGUGAUGGCACUUAGACAGACACCUUCUGUUGUAAACACACACACACACACACACAC